AUGCUUCAGCCUCGCGACGGAUCACUACUGGAUGUCGUGCAGGUGCAUCGCGUUCGGAACCAAGACUUUUUGAUCCGUCGUCUUCAUCGCCAAGCCCUCACUGCGUCAGCCUUCAAAAACGAUCGCCUUCUUGUUCCUGAUACCCAGAUCGAGCGUAUCGCAAGAGCUAGGUUUGCACCAGUGUCGACAUGCUACGUCUCGUUACAAACAAGCGCGUCGUCUUCCUGGACUUCCGAGGACUUCCUCGUCGCCGAGGAGGAUGUCAACAAACUAUCGGACGAGUGCGCGCCUUGCACCGCCAAACAUAGAUUGGAGAGAAGGAGGUUGAGAGGCAAGCUGCCGUUGAAAGCGAUGGAGCUGAUGUGCGGCGCCGGUGGACUCAGCAUCGGCCUCGAUCUGUCCGGUGCUUGCGAAACAAAGGUCGCGAUCGACUCGGAUCCGGACUCAGUAGAGACAUUCAAGAUGCACCAUCCGAACGCUUAUGUGCACUGCGAAGAUGCCGGUGAUGCCUUGCGACGUGCCAUUCAAGGCAGAGUCUCGCCAGCGGGGUUGACGUACCCGCUUCCAGGGCAGAUUGACGUUAUCUCCGCCGGUCCUCCAUGCCAGGGGUUCAGCCGCAAGAACCGAAGGGCGAAUCGCGAGGCCGCGGAGAAGGACCCGCGCAACCUUCUGGUCUUGACGGUCCUUGGGUGGGCUGAGCACCUUCGGCCCAAAUAUGUUGUCCUCGAGAAUGUCGAGGGAUUCACACAGUCGAAGCUGCGCGGCCGCGAUCAAGGCAUGGUCAAGCUCGCACUUAAGUCGCUCUUGGAUCUCGGUUAUGCGGCGACAUGCGGUUUUGUACAGUCCGGAUCGUUCGGUUGUCCGCAGAGAAGGGGAAGAUUUGUACUGAUUGGCGCUCGACACGAGCUGGUACUUCCGCAGAUGCCACGGGCAUCCCAUCAACUCCUCGGUCCCCAAGGACACCGGUUCACCUGGACCGACGGUUUGAGCCGCACUCAUGCAGCGCGGUCAGAGGACUUUGCGGCCAUGCUACCCGCCGUGACAGUGGCCGAUGCCAUCGAUGACCUGCCCGUCUUCGACUGGCAAGACCCACACGAAAUCUAUGCCGGUCCAGACGACGUCGGGAUCGAGCGUGAGCACUUGGGGAUACCGCAGCUCCCGGUCUCGCCCGGAAAAGCGGUAGGCUUCGUCACGGUUGCGUACGCAAAGCGUCCUUCGAACUCCUACCAAGAGCGAAUGCGAGUCUUCACCGGUCAGAGCGUCCUCAAGGUAGCCCAGCAUCAGACUUCGGGGACCGUUGCAUCGGCGGUCGAAAGGGUAGUCAACGUCGCCCUGCGGCCCGGUGCCGAUUUCGAGUCAUGGAAUCAAUGCGAUGUGAGGAAGCCAGCGCUUCUCGGAGGAUUUCGAAACAGCAGAUGGCAAGAUCAGCACUUCAGAUUCGAGCGAAUCGACGGCGACAAGUACUUCAAGACACUCUUGACGUCGGCGUCAGUGCAAGGCAGCAUGAUCCAUCCCGAUCAACGCAGGCUCUUCACUGCUCGAGAAUGCGCCCGUGCUCAAGGUUUCCCGGACUGGAUCGAGUUCCACACGGACCCAAUCCUCACCUCGGCAUACAGGCAGAUCGCGAUCGGUCCUAAUCAUUAUCGGCGCUUCCACGACACCUGCACGAAAAACGUCUUUUUCCUGCGCAUCACAUCCGCGACAGAACUGGUCCUGAUCUCAAGCUGUCUCUUCCUCAUCUCAUCAUCGGCCACCGACCGAAUCAUUCGCUCUCCAAACACUCACCUCGCGAGAGAGAUCGAGGUGACCAAGACGCUCGUUGCCGAGCUAGAAAAGCAAGGUGUCUUUGAGAGUGACGAGGAGAGCAAGGUUCGCGAGGCCAUCUUGGGCAAGCUCGACGCCAUGGUCAAAGACUUUGUCUACCGCGUCUCAAUAGCCAACGGCAUGUCGGAAUCGCUCGCUCGCUCAGCAGGUGGCAAGAUCUUCACCUUCGGUUCCUACCGCCUCGGUGUGCACGGACCAGGGUCCGAUAUCGACACUCUCUGUGUCGUCCCCAAGCACGUUCAGCGAGAAGACUUCUUUUCGGUCUUUGAAACCAUGCUCAAGGAGCGCGAGGAAGUCACCGAGGUAGCAGGCGUACCUACAGCGCACGUACCACUGAUUGCGGCCAAAUUCUUGGGAGUUGACAUCGAUUUCACCUUUGCUCGACUCGCGUUGCCGAGGGUCGAGGACAAUCUCUCGCUCGAAGACGACAAUCUGCUGCGCAGUCUAGACGAACGCGACGUUCGAAGUUUGGGUGGCUCAAGAGUGACCGAUGGCAUCCUGCGAUUGGUGCCCAACAUUCACGUCUUCCGCAUGGCGCUUCGAUGCAUCAAGCUGUGGGCACAGCGCCGUGCCAUCUACUCGAACGUCAUGGGAUUCCUUGGUGGCGUAGCUUGGGCCAUGUUGACGGCUCGUAUCUGCCAGCUGUAUCCCAAUGAAGCGGCAGGUGCUAUCGUCUCUCGCUUCUUCAUCAUUCUUUACCAGUGGAAGUGGCCGCAACCAGUCUUGCUCACACAGAUCGAGGAUGGACCCUUGUCCGUGCGCGUCUGGAAUCCCAAGCUCUACCCAUCGGACCGAUUGCACCGCAUGCCCAUCAUUACUCCCGCCUAUCCGGGCAUGUGUGCGACACACAACGUAUCGCAGUCGACGCAGAUGGUCAUGACGUCCGAAUUCAAGCGCGCUGCCGAGGUCGUUGACCGCGUAAUCAUCGGCAAGACCGACUGGAACGAGCUUUUCGCCAAGCAUGACUUCUUCUUCAAAUACAAAAACUAUCUCCAGAUUAUCGCUUCCUCAGGAUCGGCAGAUCUGCAGCUCAAAUGGCACGGCACGGUCGAGUCCAAGGUUCGUCAGCUCGUGAUGAAGCUCGAGCUGGUACCGACCAUCACAUGCGCACAUCCGUUCAUCAAAGGUUUCGAUCAGGUGUCCGAGUGUUGGAACGACCACGAAGUGCGUCUUGUUGCUACGGGUGAUAUUCCGGAAGAAGUGGCGCAGCGAACACAGAAGGUGGCAGCAUUGCCCGAGACUGAGGAUGCCAAGCAAGCUGCUGCUGAAGAGGCUGCGAAGGUGACCGAGGGUAAAGAGGGGCACAGGAUGAUCUACACAUCCACAUUCUUCAUUGGGCUCAGCAUCGAGCCCAAGCUGGCGGGCGAGGGCCCGCGUAAGCUUGAUAUCAGCUAUCCCACCGCUGAGUUCACGGGCAAGGUCAAGCAGUGGGAGCAGUACGACGAGGCAUCGAUGGGCAUCGUCGUUCGGCAUAUCAAGUGGACGCAGUUGCCCGGAUAUGUCUUUGAAGGGGGUGAGAAUCGUGUCACUGCAGCAGCGACGAGCAAGGUGAACGGCAAGAGGGCAAAGUCGGGCAACAAGAAGAAGAACGGUGCAGAGGCAGCGGGACAGACGAACGGUGCAUCACACGAUGAUACGGCGACGGCGGUAGACAACGGCGAUACAGAGAUGGCGUCACCGACCAAAAAGCAAAGGACAGUGCCAGACACGGUUGGUGGUACAGCUGCAACACCCACGCUGCCGCUUCAAGCAGCGACUGCAACAAAGGAGCUCGAAAACUUCCAGCUCGCGACGGGCAACCAACCCAUCGCUGCGUCGACAAACACUGCCGCCAACCACUGA